GUUUCCAUACAGACGUGAGUGACUGGUAUAGAAAAAAAAUGUAUAUCACAAUAUAUUUCUGUUCGUUAAUCGUUACUUAUACAUUGGCCUUACCCAAUCCUGAAGUGAGAGAUGGAUUACAAAAUAAUAUAGAACCAGAAUCGUCAGCGCGAGUUUUAGGAAAGGAUUGUUCCGGAGGUAUUUUUAGUCCGACAUGUUUGAAAAUAGAAGCUAUAUCAAUUCUGGAGAAAUUAAGUUCAAAGGAAGAAUUGCAACUUCUACCCGGUGUUAGUGUUGUGAAGGAAGAAAAGGAAAAUGGGAGCAAAGCUGAGGAGUUUGCCGCGGAAUUGGCAAGAUCUUUACCAUCGAAGCCUGAUGAAAGACUGGAUAAAUAUCUCUUGUACAGACUCGGAAAUUAUCUAGAUACACACUCAGUGAAACUAAGGCUUUUAGAUGAUGGAGCGUCAGAAGAUGCUAGGGCCUUAAUGGGUGAGGGAAGAGGUAAAGGUGGACUUGGUGGUGGAAAGAAAGGAGGUAUGGGUGGACUAUUAGCUGCCGCUCUUAUGAUGAAAGGUACCCUCAUGUCAAUUGGUCUCGGAGGCCUCGCUAUGUUGGCGGGAAAGGCUUUAAUGACAGCUCUAAUGUCACUUCUCUUGUCCGCAAUCAUUGGUUUGAAGUCAUUGACCAGCGGUGGCAAGUCGACCACAUAUGAAAUUGUGUCCAAGCCAGUUUAUAGUCAUUCACAUUCUCACUCCACCGCACACGAAGAUGUCGGAGGUUACGGUCAUUCUGGAUAUGGAAGGAAUUUAAAAGUAAGAAGACGUUAACGGCAUAGAGUCGACAAUAUUGCAAGAUUCAAACUUUAUGGCAGCUCGUGAUUCUCUCGAGCGCACCGUGCACAUGUCUGGGCAAGUGGGUACGACCAGGUGGGCCCACUCGAGUGGAGAAAAAUUUAAAUUACAUGACAUUUGUAUAUGAACAUAAUUGUUGUCUCUUUGUUUUCAAAGAGAAUAAGAGAGAUGGCAAUAUUGUCCUAAUUAUACAUGUUAAGAUAAAGGAGACUCGCCUUAAAAUCGUGUUCAGUGCGACUCGUGCGAAAUUACAAGCCGUUGUAAAGCUUGGAUAGCACAAAACGAACAACAAAGGAAUG